CGGGGAAAAGCUAUUUAAGAUUCUCGCUUUCUGGCUUAUGCCAUGAAAUUGCGUUCUGCAUCACUCACACUGACAUGGACUUAAACGAAGACUUACACUGUUUACUAUCGGAGCAACGCCGCGAACUCGCCGCCGCGGAAGCCAUGGAAUCCGACCUCGACUUCGCCUUCCGCCUCCAGUUACAGGAGGCUCUCGCCGCCUCCCUCGCCGUGCACCCCUCUUCCUCUUCCUCCACUGCCGCCGCCGUCGAAGAACCCGUCGUCGACGACGAAGGCGCAUUGAAUGCGACGGCACUCCAGAGGGAGGAGUUGGCGAGGACUGAGCGCGAGAUGAAGGACAGGGACCAGAGCGAGAAGGAGAUGCAGAAGAUUAGGGAGGAUCUGUGCCGUCGGAUUCACGAUCAGAAGGUGGCCAGCGAAAUUCUGACGAUUUCCGAGGUGGAUUGGCAGCAAUGGGGUGAUAACUUUGAGAAACCCUUCGGAGAGGGUUCGUCUUCGUCUGGGGGAAGGAGUGGGACUCAGAGAGGGUUUGAUGAAGAUUCGAUUUUUAGGGUUUAUUUUACGGGUUUGGUGAGUGGGGAGAGUGUGAGGGGUCAGAAUAUCGGGUUGGCUGGGAUUGGGGUUGCGAUAUGUGAUCCUGCUAAUAAUUUGAUAUUUGAAGUUUCCAAGUCGUUGCUUGGGAAUGGAACUAGUAAGAUUGCUGCUGAGUUGAAGGCUUUGAUUGAAGCCUUUAAUGCUGCCAUUACUUUGGACUUGAAGCGCGUUGCUUAUUAUUGCGAUUAUUAUCCCCUCUUCCAAUUCGUACGUGGAAAAUGGCCGGUGAAACAGCGGAAGGUUGCUAAGCUAGUUGAUCAGGUGAAUCUGCUUCAAAGUAAAUUUACGUACUGCAAUCCAAGGCUUGUGGCUAGACAUGAUGUCAAGUUUGCAUUUAAGCUUGCUAGAGAUGCAAUUGUUUCUCAGUCCAUGAGGCCUGGAGACUCUGGGAGUAAAAAGAAUCUGAAUGAAACUUGUGUCAUAUGUUUGGAGGAUACUAAUGUCAAUCAAUUUAAGCUUGCUAGAGAUGCAAUUGUUUCUCAGUCCAUGAGGCCUGGAGACUCUGGGAGUAAAAAGAAUCUGAAUGAAACUUGUGUCAUAUGUUUGGAGGAUACUAAUGUCAAUCAAAUUUUUUCAGUGGAUGGCUGUCAACACCGCUAUUGCUUUUCUUGCAUGAGACAACAUGUGGAGGUCAAGUUGCUUCAUGGAAUGGUUCCUAAAUGUCCUCACGAGGGAUGCAAUCACGAGCUUCUACUUGACAGCUGCAGAAAGUUCUUGACUCAUAAAUUAGUUGCAACCAUGCAGCAACGAAAAUUGGAAGCUUCCAUUCCCGUUACAGAGAAAAUUUAUUGCCCUUAUCCAAGAUGCUCUGCAUUAAUGUCAAAAAGUGAGGUUUUGGAGUACUCCAAAAACCUAAUUGGUGAAUCUCAACAAUCAGGACCCAAGAAAUGCAUAAAAUGUCAUGGUCUUUUCUGUUUCAGCUGCAAGGUCCCUUGGCAUAGCGGUAUGACAUGUUCUACUUACAAAAGGUUGAAUCCUAACCCUCCUGCUGAAGAUUUGAAGCUUAAGUUUCUGGCAUCAAGGAGCCUAUGGCGGCAGUGCGUGAAGUGUAACCAUAUGAUCGAACUUGCUGAAGGUUGCUAUCACAUGACUUGCAGAUGUGGUUACGAGUUUUGCUAUAACUGUGGGGCUGAGUGGAAAGAGAAAAAAGCAACAUGUACUUGCCCACUUUGGGCCGAGGAUAAUAUUUGGUUAGAGGAUCACUCGGAAGAAGAAGAAGAGGAAGACGAAGAUGAUGAUGAUUAUUAUAACUCUGAUUAUUCUGAUGAUUUUUAUUAAGUAGCUAACCACUUGACUGGGUUGACGAUCAGGUUUUACAACUAGGAAAUAUAUAUAUAUGUAGUAUUAGUAAGAAAAAUGUGACUUGUCUUUCGUUUUCUUUCUCCUGAUUCUCAGUUUCUUUUUGUCUUCUCCGGAUUUACUGUUUGACCUUUUUAUUUGGAUUAAAGUAUGGGAGCAAUUCUUGGAUG